GUUAUAAGCGGAGAACUUUCAAAACUCGACAUAUGUAGGCACUCGUAAACAAAUGGUUAAGGGGAUUGCUGUCCUUUUUGAAUAUGAAACGCCAAAACUUGUACAGAUUUCCAACAUUAGAAUUGGAGUUACUCAACGCCUACUUCAAUUGAUUAUUCUUAUAUAUGUCGUUUGCUGGGUUAUGAUUUAUGAGAAGGGAUAUCAAGAGAAUGAUAUAGCCAAAAGUGCAGUCACAACUAAAGUAAAAGGUGUUGGCUUUACAAACUUUUCGCAUAUCCCGGGGAUCGGGAUACGGAGUUGGGACGUGGCGGAUUAUAUAGUACCACCUUUGGAAAAUAAUGCACUGUUUGUGAUCACCAACUUGAUUAAAACUGAACGCCAGUCACUUUCCAAGUGCCCGGAGAGCUCAUGGGUCCCUGAGGCAGCUUGUUAUAAAGACUCAGACUGUAAACCCUACUUUAUUACCCAUCUUGGCAAUGGUGCUCAUACAGGCAAAUGUAUCAUUAAACCAGGGAAUGAUAUUGGAUCAUGUGAAAUAUAUUCUUGGUGUCCAUUAGAAAAUGAUACUUUACCGCUUGGUAAAAAAUCAUAUUUAUUCCCAAUGGUUUAUAAUUACACACUACUUAUCAAAAAUGAUAUAAAUUUUGAAAAAUUCGGUAUACAUCGACGAAACAUUCAAAAUUGGGCAUCCAAAAAAUUUCUUCGUACAUGUUUAUAUAAUAAAACUGAUCCAGAAAAUCGAUUUUGUCCAAUAUUUCAGUUUGGUACUAUAUUUGAAGAGGCUAAUGUAGACCAAUCAAUAUUUAUUAGUGGUGGUGUAAUCGGGAUUGAUAUCGAUUGGAAAUGUGAUCUUGAUUGGGAUGUUCAAUAUUGUAAUCCAACUUAUUCAUUUCGACGAUUAGAUGAUGCGAAUGCUAAAAUAGCUUCAGGAUUUAAUUUUCGAAUUUUAUUAAACUAUGUCACUAUUCGAAAGAAAAUUGUGUUACUAGGGCAGAUGAAAAUUUAUGCUCAUUUUUACAGUGAAAAUGGAACCAACUAUCGAGAUUUGAUAAAAGCUUAUGGUAUAAGAUUUGUUAUUCAUGUUAGCGGUGAAGCUGGUAAAUUUCAUCUUCUCCCAUUGACAAUGAAUAUUGGUUCAGGUUUAGCUUUACUCGGUUUGGCGCCAACUGUCUGUGACAUAAUUGCAUUAAAUCUUUUAAGAUCAAGAGAUAUUUAUCAACGUGCAAAAUUUGAAACAAUCGCUGAAGAACAAGCUCAUUUAUCUAGUCGUCGUGCUGAUAAAGCACAACGUAAAAAAUAUGGUUUAUCUAAACGGAAUACAGAUACAGUAAAUGAAAAUUCAGAUGAAAAUGGUAAAAUUAUACAAUGGAAAGAUGAUCAAGAAUUUAUAGUAAAUGAUACACAAACUAUACAUUCAUCAACGUAAUCAUUGAAUAAUUGUAAAUUCAAAUGGAAAUGGUACGUUUUUUGUUGUUGUUGUCUUUUCUCUCUAAAAUGGUUUCACUCAUCUUACAUGAAACUGUUGAAACAUUAAAAGACAAUGUAAUCGAAGCUAUGAAGUAUAUAUGCAUAUAUAUAAGAUAGGAUCAUUUCCUUCAAUCUUCAUUCAUAUCUUUUUAAUUGUUAUUCACUCGUACAUAUUUGACGUUAGUUCAAAUUAUAUCUUAACUUCUUUAACUAUUGGUAGUUAUGCUUUUGACUUUUUAAAACUUCCAAUGUGAUACAUGACAAUCGUUUACAUUUUUAACAUCUACAUUCAUAUUUGUUUACAAACUAUUACUAACAUAAAGCAAAAGGAUUAACAUACAUGAAAAGUUAUAUCAUGCUUCUAGAUCUGUUGUAAAUGUUUACAAAUUUUCAUUAAUUAUUGUCAUUUGUCUGCUUUGAAUGUGUUCCCUUUUAUUUUGUCUUGUUCUUUUGUUUUUCUUUUCUGUUUUGUAUUCAACAAUUUCUAUUCGGUUAUCUGUUUUCAUUUAUAAUAAAUUAAUAUAUUUCAUUCCUGUUAGAAAUUAUUUGUUGAAAAUGAACAACAUUGCAUUUCCCUCAGCAACCACCAUCCACCCCCACCCCCCAAAAAAAAACACAACGAAAACAAAAAUGGAUCCAUUUCAUCAGAAUGUGAAAAUAUUCAAAUAUCAAUUGGUUACUAUCAUCUUAAGAAAUGAUGUCCAUUUAGCGAGCGGAAAAAUGGAUUUUGAAAACAACCAGUAUUUUCACAUUUAUAUACUUCAAUUUAAAGUUAUUGAGAAACUUUUUUUCUUAAAUGAUAAACCAACAAAUUGGAACUAUUCAUUUGGAAUUUUUACCAUGUUCACUUUGAUGUAACUUUAUUCUGUAUGUUUGGUGAAAGAAUAUAAUUUGUGUUUUUUUCUCUCUCUCUCUCUUAAUUCCUUAGUCUUUUUUAUUAUAAAAUUAUUUUACAAACAUUAUCUAUGAUAAUCUUAAUGUAUUAUGCAUUUGUCAAAAGUACACAUCUGUGAAUUAUUAUAAGUAUAUAUAUACAUAGUCUAAAUCAUGAAAUAAUCUUAGCUAGAACACUACUGAAAACCUAAAAACUUCGGACGGACGUUUCAUCCUCGUAUGAGACUCCUAAAAAGUGAACAUCCAGGAAUCUACCACGGGGAAUCGAACCUAGAACUUUCGGUCUGUCAUGCAAAUGUUUGACCUUUGGACUACUAAUCUGAUAUCUGAUGUUGUGAGUGUCCAGCUUAAAUCAAAUCAUGAUAUUGCACAACCUUCAUCUAUCGUUUACAGUAAAUAACAAUAUCACACCUGAUAUGGUUGAACUCUAUUGGUCACAGCUUCGUACUAGAUUUCCUGGAGUUGCAUCUUGAAACUAGUGAGCACAUGAUUAUUUUGAGUAUUUAUGUAUAUGUUACGUGUUUUCUAUAUAUAAUUCCUAUUCG